CUUAUCUGUCAAAAAAAAGGUUUAUUUUAUUACAGUAAAAAACAUAGAGUUGAUAAUUUGCUCCGAUUGGAAGUUAGGACCUUAAAACUGUUUUUUCCAUUCCUCCCUUUGAAUGGCUGUAUCUCCUUUAUUUCAAAGUUUCGGACAUUAGUUUAUAUACUUAACAAACUGAUCUUAAUUUUCGUUGUUCUAUCACCUCUCAAAAUAUUCCUUUCUGACUCACCUUGUAUAUAUUCACACUUUUUACAUAGAAAAACGUCAACAACUGGUCUACAGGAAAUAAAAGAAACCGAAAGCCACUUAAAUUCUAACAUCCUCAUGUGCCACGACAAAUUGUCGCCUAACUUAGGUCAUACCGCUUAACGAACCAGCGAACAAUUCAAUAAAGAAUAACGGUGCAACUGACAUAAAAAUCCACUAUUGAGGCUUCCUUCGAGUUUACACACCAGUUGCUCAUACAAGUUUGCUGAAGUAACUUACGGAUUGUAACUUUAUGGUCGUUCUUCAUUAUUACGAACUUCGAGUAUUUUUCUGUUGGUGUGCAUAUUUUCUUAGUUGAGUGAAGUUUUAUUUUUUUGUAAAAAUUGGAUUUUGUUUCUUAGAAGUUAUGCGCUUCUAAAAAAAAUGGAAUAAUGGUGAAGCGCGCUAGCUGAACAUGGAGCAGAAACUGAUAUUUUUAAUAUAUUUUCGACGAUUAGACUAGUUUAUAAAUAUGAUGGACAACAUAAGAAAAGUGUUCUACUGGAACCGAAAAUUAUUUUCGCUAAAAUGUAUUUUGUUUCUAGUUUUUGGGGCUAUAGGAAGCCUUAUUCCAUUUUUACCGCUUCAUAUGAACGACGCUUUAGGACUUUCAAAAAGUGAAUCGAUAAUAAUAUCGAUAGUAGCCCCUCUACUUGCAGCUAUAGGACCCUUGGUAGCUGCUCCUUUAGCCGACAGACUAGCAGGAAUUUACGGAAGUCCUCAAAAGGCUAGAAAUGGGGCUUAUCUUAGAGUUAUGAUAGCAGUAUCGCUGACGUUUGCUACCAUUUUGUAUUGGUUGCUACUAGUUAUUCCCGCUGUUAAAACGUCUGAAAAUGUAUCGUUUAUUUGUAAUGAAAAUGGAGGCCAUAUUUUACAAGAUAGAUGCGGACAACAUUGUUAUGAGUUUGACGAGACUAAAGGAAACGUUUUGGUAAAAACGUGUACGUAUACCUGUAAUGGAACUUCAAAAUACACGGCACAGCUCUUCAGAGAAAGAGAACGAAAAAAAGAAGAAAGUUUGAAUGGCCUACACGAACCUGCCUCAGACGGGGAUAGCGAAAUUUAUUACGACAGUGGACCUGAUUUAGAAGUUGACUUAAGUGUUACUACCCAAUCAAACGAUUAUAGUAAUAAUGAUUUCGAGGCCUAUCCACACUUGUGUUAUACAAACGAUUCAAACUAUAGGCUUUGUGAAGUUUCUACGGAUUACUCCAAGCCAAUAGAAUUUAAUAUUGGAUUAAAACCGUCGGUGCCUUUCUACAGUUCAGACAAUAUUGAAAAUAAGACCUGCAAAUUUCCUAUCAUUGAACCAUUUCAAUGCAGGAUAAGACAAGACAUAUGGAAGAAUUUAACCAAAAAUGGUCACGAUAAAGAUUGCGAACCCGUUGUAAUAUGUGAAAUUGAAAACCCAUACAACAUUCCAAACAGUUUGUUAAGAAGAUCUCAAUGUGGCAAUUAUACAUUUUGGCUCUACAUAUUUAUCAGAUCUUUGGCAGACAUGUUUUUGGCCGCUUCUGUUGUGUUAAUUAGUACUGCUGUGGUUAUAGCCACCAGAGAGACCUCUUCAGGUAGAGGAGAUGUUGGCAAACAAUAUGCAGCAGGAGCAUUAGGUUUUGCUAUUUUUGCACCAAUAAUGGGAGGAUUAGCUUAUGGAGGUUAUUUGGAAUCGUGUAUAUGCUUCACUACAUUAGCCGCAUGCGCAGUUCUGCUCUUAAUUCUGGAUGAUACAAUGCCUUUAAGUCCUCCAGAAUGGUGGUGGCAUACAAGAUGUGGUCUUCUGGCUUUACCAAUGUCUUCAGUAAGAAAAUAUGGAUGGGAAGUUGCAGGUUUAGGAAUUAUUUUAUUCCUUUUGGGAGUGUUCUGGAGUUCUAUUGAUGCGUUUUUACCGUGGUACGUAGUGAAAUCAAGAGAAGCCGAUGCACUAAUAAUUGGCCUCACGUUGACCGUAGGUGCCGUUCCUGCUGUGAUAUUUUUGAUUUUAGCAGAAAUGAUUGUCGAUUAUUGCGGUCACAAUAAUAUUCUGAUCUUCAGUUUUGUAAAUUACAUUUGUCAUCACUUAGGUUUGAUGUUUAUUGAUAACGCAUGGUACAUACUAUUCUGCGAAUGGUUGGAACUUUUUAGUUUGCACGUUAUGUAUAUUACUUCCAUCCUGUAUCUAAGACAUCUUAUACCGAGAAAAUACACUGCUUGUGGUCAAGCACUGCCAAUCAUUGCUCACUUUUGUUUAGGUCGCUCUUUAGGUGCCCUCUUUGGAGGAAUGGCCUACUCCGAAUUCAACUCGGAAUACACGUUUCAAAAAGUACAUAAAGUACUUUGUAUAACUGCCACGUGCAUAGCCAUUGCGUACUUUAUCAUUUACCAUUCCUACCUGAAACCAAAAUGUAUACCGCCAGUUAAUUUGCCCCCGGCACCAGCUCCCGUUGUUGUACAAAGCAUGAAUGGCAAUGGAUCGUACACUCCACUACGAGUUUAUCACAACAGCAAAUCAAAGAAAGGACACUUUAGAUAUUAG